UCUUAAGCAACGGCCCUCUCCUCUCUCUCUGUCUCUCUCUCUCUCAUCCAACUUUACUCUUUCCUGUUGGAAUCUUAAAACGGCAGCAGCUCUGUUUUCUUUCAUUUCUAGCAUAGCACCUCCAUCAUAGUAAGAUAUUCUUUUAUAAUUACACUUCUUUUGAUCCAAAGGUUGCAUCUUUUUAGCUGUUUUUUGAAGUGGGAAGGUUCUUGCUUGGUGCAAUAUCAAGAUUUUGAUUUGUUUGUACAUUUUUAGGAAUUCUUUGUUGGAAAGAUUGAAUCUUGGGGGAAGCCCAUGUGGUAUCUCUGUUUUAUUAUUUAUUAGUGGUUGGAUCUAGGAGAAGUUAUUGCUGAGGUAGAAGGUUUGGUUUUUUUCAAUUUUGGGGGUAAAUUCAAUUUGGAAAUUAAUUUGUUUCUUGGUAUAUAUACUUUGUUUUCUUGAUUUAUGGUAAUUCAAGAACCCUUGUUUUGCCCACAUUUCAUAGGGGCCCUUUGAAGAAAAGGUAGUUCUUUUGUGGGUGGAGAUUUGGGGAAUCUUGAAGCUAUUUAUUUAUAGCAUUUUUCAUUAAAGAAGAGAGCUUUGAGAAUCAUAGAUAAAAGUUGUGGUUUUUCUUGAAAAAGUGGAGAGUUUAACAACAGUUGAGCAUGAGGAAAAAUGGCAAUCCUCAAGGAAGGAUGUUUAGUGAUAGAAGAUGGAAAGUGCCAUUCUUUGUGAACUUGCUCGUGUCGAUCACUCUGUUGACCGGCACCAUUUUCGGGCUGUACACGUCUCAAAAUGGCCGGGAUCAGUUGCAAUUCGAUACUAAGUCGUUUGAGGAUGCUGAGGAGAAGGCAGAGGGGUAUUUCAUAGAAUCUGAGAUGAGGGAGUCUUUGGAAUCGACUGAGGUUGCUGAAGCCGAGCCACCAAGGCUCGCUUAUCUGAUUUCAGGGACGAAGGGCGAUAGCCAGAGGAUGCUGAGGACGUUGCAGGCCGUGUAUCAUCCCAGGAAUCAGUAUAUUCUUCACAUGGAUCUCGAGGCUCCUCCACGAGAGAGGCUGAAUUUGACUAUAUCCGUGAAGAAUGACCCGACGUUUAGCGCUGUGGAGAAUGUGCGCGUGAUGGCUCAGUCGAAUUUGGUGACGUACAAAGGUCCUACUAUGAUUGCUUCUACUCUCCAAGCUGUAGCCAUUCUGCUGAAGGAGAGCUUGAAUUGGGAUUGGUUUAUCAAUCUGAGUGCUUCCGAUUAUCCUCUCGUGACUCAAGAUGAUAUGCUUUAUGUUUUCUCGAACCUUUCUCGGAAUCUCAACUUUAUCGAGCACACACAGAUCUACGGCUGGAAGCUGAACCAGCGAGCGAAGCCUAUCAUAAUCGAUCCCGGCCUAUACUUGUCUAAAAAAUCCGACAUUGCCUGGACCACACAGCGCCGCUCUCUCCCUACAUCAUUUAAGUUGUUCACCGGCUCGGCUUGGGUGGUUCUAACGCGCUCGUUCGUGGAGUACUGCAUAUGGGGGUGGGAAAAUCUCCCCCGGACGAUCCUCAUGUACUACACGAACUUCGUUUCAUCUCCGGAGGGCUACUUCCACACGGUCCUUUGCAACACCGAGGAGUUCCAAGGCACCGCCAUAAGCCACGACCUCCACUACAUCGCUUGGGACACGCCCCCGAAGCAGCACCCGAGGUCCUUGACGAUGAGGGACUUCAGCAAGAUGGUGAACAGCAGCUCGCCUUUCGCCAGGAAGUUCCACAAGGACGAUCCGGUGCUCGACAAGAUCGACCGGGAGCUGCUCGGCCGGACGGACCGUUUCUCCCCCGGGGCGUGGUGCGUGGGGAGCUCGGAGGGCGGGGCCGAUCCUUGCUUGGUGAGAGGCGACGACUCGGUUUUUAGACCUGGCCCCGGGGCUCAGAGGCUGCUGGGGCUCAUGAAGACAUUGUUGUCUGAUGAUUUUCGAAGUAAGCAGUGUUUGAAGCAGGGAUGAGAGAGAGAGAGAGGGGUUUGCAUUGAUUGAGAUGAGAAGCUGUUUGCAAUUUUUCUAAGCAAGUAGUGUUUCUCUCUAACAAGAUGAAAGAUGUACAUUGAUUGUUGAUAUAAAGUGUACAUUAAUGUAGAAUUUUGUUUUUCUUUAAUUGAGAAAUGGAUUUUAUUGUUGUGCUUGAA